AGCCGAAGGUUGCCGAGCGCCGGUGGGCCGAGCGGCUCCGGAGCGGCCCGAAGGCGCCCGAGCGUCCGUCCUGCCGGACUGCUGGAGGCGGCCGCAGCGCCAUGUUUGAUGCUCCGCUACUUCAGUGAGGAAAAUCCGCCGGCAUCGCCCGAGAGCCGCCACCGCGAAGGGCUCCGCUGCCCCCGGGGAGGGGGACCGAGACCCCCCGCCGCCGGCGGCUCAUGAGCAGCGCGGCCUGAGCCGCCUCCCCCCCUCCCCUCCCCGCCGGCCCCUCUCCCGUCCCCUCCCCGCGCCGAGCCCUCCGGGAGGCGCGUUGUCACGGAGACCGGCGCCGGUGCCGGCCCGCCGCGCUGCCCCGGCCGCCGCACCGGCCCCCGGCCCGCUCCCCGGCUCCCCCCCGGCCCCGGCCCCGCUCCCCGCCGGGGGGUGGUGGCUCCGCUUGGCGAUGAGUUUACCGCAGAAGGCGGCUUUGAAACCCGGCGCGGCGGCGGCGGCGGGGACCGGCCCCGGGAGCGGGGCGGCGGCGGCGGCGGCAGCGGCGGCGGGGCCGCCUCCCCCCCCGGCUCCCCCUCACCCGGCGGCGGCUCCGGCGCCUCACCCCAACAUCAGGGCCUUGCCGCCCCAACCGCCCCAGCAAAUCCCCCGAGGUCCUGUUCAGCAGCCCCUCGAGGAUCGGAUCUUCACUCCGACCGUCUCCGCUGUGUACAGCACUUUUAUCUCCACACAGGUAACACAAGUAGCAAGACAACCAGGUCCUCCUGCCCCAUCCCCUUACACUGCACAUGAAAUAAAUAAGGGACACCCAAAUCUUGCUGCAACGCCACCGGGACAUGCAUCGUCCCCUGGGCUUUCACAGGCUCCCUACCCCUCAGGACAGAAUGCAGCUCCAACCACAUUGGUGUACCCUCAAGCCCCUCAAACAAUGAAUACCCAGCCUCAGACCCGCUCACCGCCCAGCAGAACAGUGCCAAUACAUUGCACAGACAACUGGAAGAGGAGGAAGGUUUUGGAACAGAGUCCGGUUUACAGGUCCCUGGCUGGAAGAGGCUGGAUAAAAUACUGCAUUUUUGCAGCGGGGCCUCGACCUGCCCAUCACCAGGGAGGAUUCAGACCUAUACAGUUUUUUCAGAGGCCUCAGAUACAGCCUCCAAGAGCUACCAUCCAGAACAGCAGCCCUUCCAUCCGUCCUGGUGCGCAAACGCCAACUGCGGUAUAUCAAACCAACCAGCACAUCAUGAUGGUUAAUCAUCUUCCAAUGCCCUACCCGAUGCCUCAGGGCCCUCAGUACUGUAUACCACAGUAUCGUCACAGUGGCCCUCCAUAUGUCGGGCCCCCACAGCAGUAUCCCGUUCAGCCGCCAGGACCAGGACCCUUUUAUCCAGGACCAGGUCCUGGAGAAUUCCCCAAUGCCUAUGGAGCACCUUUUUACCCAAGUCAGCCAGUGUAUCAGUCAGCACCGAUCAUAGUGCCUACACAGCAGCAGCAGCCUCCACCAGCUAAAAGAGAGAAAAAAACAAUCCGAAUCCGGGAUCCAAACCAAGGAGGCAAAGAUAUAACAGAAGAAAUAAUGUCUGGAGGGGGCAGCAGGAACCCAACGCCUCCCAUCGUGAGACCCACUUCCACACCUACUCCACCUCAGUUUUUAUGUUCGCACGCUCAUUAUCACCCUUUUUUGUACUUCAAAUCUCAGCAGCUGUCCAGCCAGGUCCCCGAGCACAGCCCUGUGGUUUAUGGGACUGUGGAGAACACCCAUCUCGCUGCCAGCACCCCUGUCACUGCGACUAGCAACCCGAAGCAAGAAGAGAAGCCAAAACCAGAUCCAGUAUUAAAACCUUCUUCUCCAGUCCUCAGACCAGAACCUACUGGGGAGAAAAAAGAUCAAGCUGGCCAGACGACUGAGUCCACCUCAGUGGAAACCCCACCAGAACUUCCUCUUGCUCCAUCGCCAACCCCGGCUGCUCCCGUUGCAGUUGUUUCUACUGCUGCUGCUGCUGUUGUCACCGUUUCUAGUAAAUCCACAUUCACAGCUGACUCAGAGGAGAAAUGUGAACUCGCUUCCCCAAAAGAGGAGGCAAUGCCUAUAUCUAAUGCCGCACCCUGCACAGACACAUCAGACCCUUCGCCAGCAGAAGAGUCUGAUGCCGAGGUGUGCAAGGAGCCUAGUAGUGUAGCAUCUAGUGAUAUUCAAGUGACUGCUAGUACUAAUCUAAUUAAUGAAAUGAACGGAGUUAGUGAAAAAGUAACUGCUGCAGAGAGCGUAGUAGAUGUAGCCCAGAUGGAAGUUGCGCCAUUGACUGUUGAGUUGGAGACAUCAGAAGCACCUCCAGCAGAAGUGGAAAGCGUGCCAUCUUCCAGUGCUCUUCACGCUGCUCCCUCUCCUCCUCCAACCCCACCUCCCACCCCUCCGCCUCCUUCUCCUCCAAUUUCUGUUGCUGCUGCUGCUGCUGUUACCACUACAACUCCUUCUCCGCCUCCUCUUCCAUCUCCUAGUGCCCUCCCUGUUGUUCAGGGAGAUUUAGAAGGAGAGGAGAGCACAAGAACUACUCUUAACGAAGAGGUAAAAGAUACUGAAAAGAAGGAAGAGACAGAAGCAGAUGGGCAACUGGAGGAGAGCAUGGAGGCUCAGAGUUUAAACUUGAGCAAGAGUCCUGUCCCAGCCCAAACAGCUGUAACUGCACCAAAGACGUGGAAGAAACCAAAAGACCGGACCCAAGCCACUGAGGAGGUGAUAGAGGCGGAAACAGAGCCUAAAGUAGAAGAGGAACUUUCAGGUGACAAAGUACUUGAAUCUGAACAGGAGAAAAUGAGCCAUGGGUUUCAACUGGAGAGAGACCCCUCUGAGCUUAAAAAAGUGAAACUUGUGGAAGAAAAUGGAGAGCAGGAAGCAGAACCUGUCCGGAACGGUGCUGAGAGUGUUUCAGAGGGAGAAGGAACUGAUGCAAACUCAGGCUUCACAGAGAGCUCCAGUGAAGGGCCAGUGUACCAGUAUAAACCAGAGCAGUGGAAGCCCCUGGACCCAGAGGGGAAGAAGCAGUACGACAGGGAGUUCCUCCUGGAUUUCCAGUUCAUGCCUGCCUGUAUCCAAAAGCCGGAGGGGCUGCCUCCCAUAAGUGACGUGGUUCUCGACAAGGUGAGAGGAGAGCCAAUAAAACAGGUCAAUCAGCCGAAAUUGCCACUGAGAACUCUGGACCCUCGGAUACUGCCUCGAGGACCAGACUUCACGCCAGCCUUUGCUGAUUUUGGAAGGCAAACCUCCGGUGGAAGAAACGUACCUGGAAGUGCCUGCAAAGUGCAGAGCAACCCUGGAUUGCCUUCCCUGGCUCGGUGCGGUUCCCCAGCAUGCCCUCUCUUGGUCUCGCCUCACCCACCAUUGAGGAACCUGCCGAUAGGGUUGUUGAAUGUUGGACCGAGGAGAUCUCAGCCAGGCCAGAGGAGAGAGCCCAGGAAGAUCAUCACUGUGUGUGUGAAGGAGGAUGUCCACCUGAAGAAGGCAGAGAAUGCCUGGAAGCCAAGCCUGAAGAGAGAAAACCAAACUGAGGACCCAGAAAACGUCAAAACCCAGGAGCUGUUCCGCAAGGUACGAAGCAUCUUGAACAAGCUGACACCCCAGAUGUUCAAUCAGCUCAUGAAGCAAGUGACAGACCUGACAGUAGAUACCGAAGAGAGGCUGAAAGGAGUCAUUGACCUGGUCUUCGAGAAGGCUAUCGAUGAACCGAGCUUUUCGGUGGCAUAUGCCAACAUGUGCAGAUGUCUUGUAACGCUGAAAGUGCCCAUGGCAGACAAACCUGGGAGCACGGUAAAUUUCCGCAAGUUGCUGUUAAAUCGCUGCCAGAAGGAAUUUGAAAAGGACAAGGCUGAUGACGAUGUCUUUGAAAAGAAGCAGAAAGAACUGGAAGCUGCUACCACUCCAGAAGAGAAGACGCGGCUCCAUGACGAGCUGGAAGAGGCCAAGGACAAAGCCCGACGGAGAUCCAUUGGGAAUAUAAAAUUCAUUGGCGAGCUUUUUAAACUCAAAAUGCUGACGGAGGCUAUCAUGCAUGACUGCGUGGUAAAGCUGCUGAAAAACCACGAUGAGGAGUCCCUCGAGUGCCUUUGCCGCCUGCUAACUACCAUUGGCAAGGACCUGGACUUUGAGAAAGCAAAGCCUCGCAUGGACCAGUAUUUUAAUCAGAUGGAGAAGAUUGUGAAAGAGAGGAAAACAUCUUCAAGGAUUCGGUUCAUGCUUCAGGAUGUAAUAGACCUAAGGCUGUGCAACUGGGUGUCACGGAGAGCAGACCAGGGCCCGAAGACCAUCGAGCAGAUUCAUAAAGAAGCCAAGAUUGAAGAGCAAGAAGAACAGAGGAAGGUCCAACAACUCAUGACCAAAGAGAAGAGGAGACCGGGUGUCCAGCGGGUCGAUGAAGGCGGUUGGAACACUGUGCAGGGGGCAAAGAACAGCAGAGUGCUGGACCCCACCAAGUUCCUUAAAAUCACCAAGCCCACAAUAGAUGAGAAGAUUCAGCUUGUGCCUAAAGCCCAGCUGGGCAGCUGGGGAAAGGGCAGCAGUGGUGGAGCAAAGGCAAGUGAGAUGGACUCCUUACGACCAAGUGCCACUAGUUUGAACAGAUUUUCUGCACUGCAGCCUCCAGUCUCAUCUGUAUCUGCCUCAUCCGCAUCUUCAGAAUUAGAUUCUCGCAGGGCCUUAACUAGUCGCGGGAGCACGGGCAGGGAGAAGAAUGACAAACCUCUCCCACCUUCCCUCUCCCGUCCCAACACCUUCCUACGGGGCAGCAGCAGUAAAGAGCUGCUGCUCGACAAUCAGGCACAAGAGGAGCAGCGGAGGGAGAUGUUGGAGACGGUGAAGCAGUUAACAGGUGGUAUGGAGAUGGACAGGAACAGCACGGAGGCAGAGAGGAACAAAGCCAAGGAAUCUGCCAAGCCAGAAGCUCCCCCAGCUCCAGCGCAAGAAAAGCCUUCGCUAUCAGAAGAGGAAAUAGAGAGAAAAUGCAAAUCUAUCAUUGAUGAGUUCUUGCAUAUUAAUGAUUUUAAGGAAGCAAUGCAGUGCGUGGAGGAACUGAGCACCCAGAAUCUGCUGCCUGUUUUCGUGCGAGUGGGAGUGGAGUCGACGCUCGAGAGGAGUCAGAUCACCAGGGAUCACAUGGGCCAGUUAUUACAUCAGUUGGUGCAGUUGGGAAAGCUGAGCAAGCAGGAUUUCUUUAAGGGCUUUUCAGAUACCUUGGAGAUGGCGGACGAUAUGGCCAUAGAUAUACCCCAUAUUUGGUUGUACCUAGCUGAAUUGGUGACCCCCAUGUUAAAAGAAGGAGGAAUCUCUAUGAGAGAACUUAUACAAGAAUUUAGCAAACCUUUGCUUCCUGUGGGAAGAGCCGGCGUCUUGCUUGCUGAAAUCUUGCACCUUCUAUGCAAACAAAUGAGCCAUAAGAAAGUGGGAGCCUUAUGGAGGGACUCUGGCCUCAGUUGGAAGGACUACUUACCCGAAGGGGAGGAUGUACAUACCUUUCUCAUGGAACAAAAGUUGGACUUCACGGAGUCUGACUGUUCCGGUUCCUCAGAAGCACUUUCAGAGAAAGAACUCUCUGCGGAAGAGCUGAACAAGCAGCUAGAAAAACUCAUUGUUGAGGACAAGGCGAAUGAUGAACAAAUCUUUGACUGGGUAGAGGCUAAUCUAGAUGAAAGCCAGAUGAGUUCACCUACAUUCCUUAGAGCUUUAAUGACAGCAGUUUGUAAAGCAGCUAUUAUAGCGGACUCUUCUAGCUUCUGCGUGGACACUGCUGUUAUCAAACAGAGAGUGCCGAUCUUACUCAAGUACCUAGACUCAGACACAGAGAAGGAACUACAAGCACUUUAUGCACUACAAGCAUCUAUAGUAAAACUUGAUCAGCCUCCUAAUUUGUUGCGGAUGUUUUUUGAUUGCCUGUAUGAUGAGGAGGUAAUAUCGGAGGAUGCCUUCUACAAGUGGGAAAGCAGCAAGGACCCAGCGGAGCAGAACGGGAAAGGAGUAGCGCUAAAAUCUGUCACGGCAUUCUUCACAUGGCUACGGGAGGCCGAAGAGGAGUCGGAGGAUAAUUAAAACUUAAAAUACAGAGGAAAAAAAAAAAGAAACAAUUUAAGUAUUUUUUUAAAAAGUUUCACAUCUUCGCCAAUCACAGUGCAGCAAGGCCAAUUCUCGCGCAGACCCCCCCUUCCCCCACAUAUGCACGAGUGGGAGAGGUAAAAAUAGAUAAACACAAAGGUUGAUCAUGGAGGAAAAAAGGUACUUGAAAAAAAAAAAAGUAAACUUCAAACCUGAGGGCGGGAGCACUAAACCAAAAUACAUGUAUUAUUUAUAGAAAAUAUUUUCUGUUUUAAUCUUUUUUUUUCUUUUCUUUUUAAACAAGGACUCAUACUUACAAAAACACAAAGCGAAACAAAUCUGUUUAGCAAAAAAAAAAGUUGAAAACUUUUAAUUUAUUAUUUUAAGGACUGCAAAUGCCAGUGUAAUUUUUAAAUUUGCAGUUUCUGUAAACAAAUUGUAUAAUAGAACAAAAGCAGAGAAAUAAAUUUCCCUCCCCUUCAUAUGCACCUCAGUUUUGUUUCAAAGCAUGAUAAAUAGACAAAACUUUCAAGGGGGUUGGGGUAAGCUAGAUGAGGAAGAGAUCAAUUUUUUUUUGUAAAUUGUCAUCAGAUUUUUCUGCCUGCCUCUCAGCUUGCUUCAGAAAUUUAAAAAGAAAAUAGUAAUCAAAACGUACAUAACCUUGGAACGGAAGGAAAUGCAUUUGAGAAAACCGCUGCGGACCAGAGUGCUCCGAAAAUAACUCAUUCAAAACAGUGCUACCCUGGGGAAAAAGUACUAGUGAUACUUUCAGAACCUUUAGAGCAACUUUAAGGCUUGUAAAUACAUAGAACAAAUAUUUAAAAAAAGAAAAAAAGAAAUUGACUCAAUACUAUUUCUUUUCACUUUCAAAAUAUAAAGAACAAAAUAAAGACAAACAUUGCAAGUUUAAAAGAAAGUAAAACGACUUCUCCUUUGACAGCUGCUGAAUGUGUGCACCAUUUCUGAGCGGUGCUGGCUUCCUUUUCAUUGUGUAGAUCCUCGGUUCCAAAUUGUGUACAUAUAGUGUGUGUAUGUAUGUGUGUCUACCAAAAAAAGAGGGGUGAGAGCAAUUGUUGUUUUAAAAAAAAAAGAAAAAAGAAAAAAAAAGGGGGUUGCUGCUUGGGAGACCUUUUCUGCAGAGAGAACUUAAUGGCCGAUGAGCAGCUGGCUGGGCUGCUGUACCAUGUAGGUGCGUUUGGUUCCCAGCAUGUUGCCGCAAGGCUGGGAGACGACCUCGGGGGCUGGUCGGUGUCUGAUCCCAGCUCGGUUUUUCCAGCCGUGCGGCUGCGGUGUGUCUCACGUGACUUCGAUCAGUGAUGUCGUCCUGGGGACUUGGGACCCUGGUAGCUGCAGAGGUCGCAGCCACUCGAGCAGAGAACUGACAGCCCUUCACCGUGGCUUGUGCGCCCGUUGCCACCCAGCUUCCGCCACUGCUGCCCUUCACAUCUGCUGGUUGCCUUGCCUUUGCUAUGGAACCCAAAAGACCCAUACGGGUGAAAACAAAAACGCCCUACAUGAGUCAAGAGGUGGAACAAGUGCUGUGGUGCUCUUCCCAGCUCUGCUCACCCCAUGACGGUGUCUGAAGUCAGAGUGCAGCCCGGGUACAGAUUAACAGUGGUCACUUUGCAGUGCUGUCAGAGCAAGUGUUUCCUGUGUGCCCAAAGGGACCUCAACCACACCCUGAUGCCGUGCAGUCCUCCAAACUGAGCUGCUGCUGAGUGCGUUAAGUCUCUUGUGUGUCUCUCUUCAACAACCAAAGAUGACCUGCUGGCUCUCACUGUGAAGAAGCAUCUACCAUGAUACAGUCUGCAAAGUUUCUGAAGCCCUAAAAUGUAGUUUGCGAACUGUGGUCCGUGGACCGCGAGUAACCUGUGGAGCAUUUGCUGGUGGUCUGUGCAGCACUAGCUGCUCACAUGAUGCUGUCUUUUACUUCCCAGCUGCUAAAUCACUUCUUUUUUAAAAAAACAAAACAAAACAAAAAAAAAACAGGAAAAACAAGAAGAAAAAAAGGCUACAAAUACAUUAAAUACUUUCCUAAUCUUACUUUUACAUGUAAACAAUUGCUGUACUCGCAUAAAGAUGUUACUUGAUCACCAAGGGGAAGGGAGGAGGGUGCCUGGUUGUGGCUGGAGGGGAGGUGUCCACAAGACACUUUCCCUGUUAACAUGUGUUCCAUGCCAUGAAUCUGAGCUAGAGAAUCCAUGGCCUAAAACACUAGAGCAUUGUUUGUUUGGGUUUUUUUUAGUAACAAUAAAACACUUUUCUCUGAUGUUUUGUUAAAAAAAAAAAAAAAGAAAAAAAUAUUCUCACCCUUAAUAUAUGCAUAUGUAUGUAUCUGCUUGUACGACAUCCAGCAGCUCCUCGUCCUCAGCCGCUUCCCUUCCCGGCCUCACACUUGGGCCCAGUGGUUUGGCGAUGGGCGCUCUCGAGAUCUCUGAAAGGCUCAUCUGCACGGAAACAUCCACCCAGCGGGUCUCAAGGUGUGUUUGUUAAACCUCUGCAGAAGGUCGUGUGGGUGCUCUUCUCGCAAAAGUCAUUUUUGAGCCAGAAUGUUGAGCGGGUACAUGAUGGUUUGUAGCAGUUAAAUAGUUUAAUUAAAUGGAUGCGAGUUUGUAUGUAAA